AUGGCCAGUAGUAGUCGCCCUUCUCGACCUACCACCUUCAAUUUACUCCUGUACGAUGAUGAAGAUUUGAAAGAAAUGUUCGGCGAUAUUUAUACACUCAACAAUGAUCUGUUAUCAUUAUUAUUGAUGUCACUACCAGUAUUGUCGUGUGUCAAGGAUCCCUAUUCACCAUUGACAUUGGAUACAAACAAUAUCGCUCGUCGUUCAAUUUUACUAACAUUUCCGCCACCAAUUAUUGUGCAUGAACAAUGUUUUAGUGGCUGA